UUGAAACUUGAUUGAAGGAAAACGGAGCGGAUCACUACGCCACAAUUCCUACUGCUACCGUCGAUUGAACUCUCUCUGAAUAUCACUCGUUUAGCUUUAGAAGAUAAAUCUACGGAACUAGGCUCCUCCUCCGAGCUCUCUCCGGCAGCCAUCUCCGGAAUGUCCGCUGCAAAACUCCAUCACCAACCGCCCUUCGCCGCUGUCUUCACGCUUCGCUUCUCCGUCCUAACCGUCGCUAUCGUAACCCUCGUUUCCUUCACUUACCUCUCCCUUAAAUCCCUACACUCACCAUCUCUCUUAUCCACCACCGUACAACCCUCACUGCCUGAGGAUGUUGAUUACGGCGGUAAUGCGGAGAGAGGUGUGGCUGUAGAGAGAGGGGGAAAGGAGAGCGACGACGCUGAGGAAGACGAUGUGUAUCAUUUGCCGGAGGUGUUUAGGUUGAACUAUGAGAUGAUGUUGAAGAGAUUUAAGGUGUAUGUGUACUCCGAUGGGGAUCCGAAGACUUAUUACCAGACGCCGCGGAAGCUGACCGGAAAAUACGCGAGCGAAGGAUACUUUUUCCAGAAUCUCAGGGAUAGUAGAUUCGUGACGGAUGAUCCAGAUCAGGCGGAUCUGUUCUUUAUCCCGAUCUCUUGCCAUAAGAUGCGAGGAAAGGGUAUCUCAUAUGAAAACAUGACUGUAAUUGUCCGGGACUAUGUGGAGGGAUUGAUGUCCAAGUACCCAUAUUGGAAUAGAACUCUAGGUGCAGAUCAUUUUUUUGUUACUUGUCAUGAUGUUGGUGUGAGGGCCACCGAAGGGCUUCCGAACCUUAUAAAGAACUCGAUUCGCGUUGUUUGCUCCCCCAGCUAUGAUGUUGGGUUUAUACCACACAAAGAUGUUGCACUCCCUCAAGUUCUUCAGCCCUUUGCCCUUCCUGCUGGAGGAAAUGAUAUAGAAAAUAGGACGACACUCGCUUUUUGGGCAGGGCAUAGGAAUUCCAAGAUCCGUGUCAUAUUGGCACGUGUAUGGGAAAAUGAUACUGAACUUGACAUAUCCAACAACAGAAUUAACAGGGCCACUGGGCAUCUUGUGUAUCAAAAGAGAUUUUACCGAACAAAAUUCUGCAUUUGCCCAGGUGGCUCUCAGGUCAAUAGUGCCCGUAUAGCAGACUCUAUACACUAUGGAUGUAUUCCUGUGAUUCUCUCUAAUUACUACGAUUUGCCUUUCAACGACAUACUAAAUUGGCAUAAAUUUUCGGUGGUACUAAAGGAGAAGGAUGUCUACCAGCUUAAGCAAAUUCUGAAGAAUAUCACACAAGAAGAGUUUGUCAGAUUGCACAACAAUUUGCAUAAGGUCCAAAAACACUUCCAUUGGAACUCGCCUGCUGUGAGUCACGACGCCUUCCAUAUGAUCAUGUACGAGCUCUGGUUACGCCAUCAUGUUAUCAAGUACUAACUUCUAAAUCACACAACUCCAUCUCGACACACAUGGCUAGCUUUUGCUGGGUGUGACUUUGAAAAACUUGUAUAUUACUACUUGUGAGUUGCAAUGUGUUCAUUCGUUCUUGUCUACUUUUUGAAAAUGUUUUAGAUCUGCAGAUAGAAUCGAUACCAAAAUUUUAGAGUGGGAUAGGGGUGCCUAGUAAACAUAUUUCAUCUAUAUCCAUGUAGUGUUAUGCUUCCUUUUUACCAAUCCUAACAGGGUGAAUGGUUCCUUCUUUAUUUUAUGGAAAUAGAGUAUUAAUUCA